GGCACGUACAGUAUGUCAUUCCAGUAUGGGACACACACAGCGGUCUGACGUCACACCUUUAGACUACAGGCCUGUGUCAGACGCUGCCGGAUUCUCGCGGAAAAAUGAAAAUGACGCGAGACGAGGCAGAUGCACGCUAGACUUAGAGUCUGCAGCAUUUUGAAGAGAAGGUUGGCAUGUCUGGACCCAGCUGGCUGCCUCCACGAACUCUGUGUAGCUCAGAAAGAGCCAUAGCACCAAUGUCACACACUGGCCCUGCCAUCUACAGACCACCCAAAAAAGGUGACCAGAGGCCCAAAUAUAGCAUGUAUGACCAAAAUGGAGGAUCAGGAGGAAACAGUAUGCCUGUAAGGUAUAUGGCUGCUGGACCCUCAGGAAAUAUACAGCACCAGCAUCAAGAUGAUCGCUCAGGGUCUGCUGUCUAUCACCCAGGCGACCGAUACUACAGUCCAGGCCAGGGGCCCAAAGAGGACCACCACACGUGGAGCCCCCACCUGGCCAACCAGGAGCUUCAUAAUCGGGGAUCAGAGAGACACAUCUCUGCUAUUGAUGCGGAAAUUGACUCUCUUACUUGCAUGUUGGCCGACCUUGAUAGUAACCCUCAUUCAAGCACACAGUUGUAUGACAAUGUGCCUUAUAGCAAGCACCUCCCUGUUGACCGCUAUAACCCGCCCAGCCAGACUGCGGCGCCACCACCAAGCAGGCCAUCUAUGGGCUACCCGCCUCAACUUCAGAGCCAGUACCACCCCUCCCCACCUUACACCUCUGCCCCUCAGCCAGAUUAUGCUUUCCCCCCUCCUUCCUCCGCUAUUAACAAGCCAUAUCCACAACCAGUGCCUGCCUCUUACACUACCGCAUCCACCCCGACUGGUCCACGCUUUACUGUUCAGGUUAAAACUGCCCAGCCAGUGACUUAUUCUCAGAGCGGGCGACAGGCAGAGCAAGCCUACACCCCACCGCCGCCCCGUCAGCAUGUCUCUGGUCCCGUUCAGCAAGAUCACCCGCAUUAUCCUGAUUCACAGGGGCAGGGUUGGUACCCACCUCCACCACCUCCUGCCCAAGAACCUCAUGGAGAUCCAUCUCUCUAUAAAGGGGGAUCGGGAAAUAUUCUAGGUGGGAGAGCUGGCCAGGGACCACCUAUAAAGAUGGGCCAAGAUGAAGUGGCAUAUCAGCCUAACAAGGGGUCAGCACCCCAGCCUGAGGAAGAGUUGGAUCGACUCACUAAGAAGUUGGUGUAUGACAUGAAUCAUCCCCCUACCGAAGAAUAUUUUGGCAGGUGUGCUAGAUGUGGAGAUAAUGUUCUGGGAGACGGCAGCGGAUGUAUUGCGAUGGAGCAGGUGUUUCACGUCGAGUGUUUCACCUGUAUCACCUGUCAUGCCCGUUUGAGAGGCCAGCCCUUCUAUGCAUUAGACAAGAAGAGCUACUGCGAGAGCUGCUAUAUAAGCACACUUGAGCGCUGUUCGAAAUGUUCUGAGCCCAUCCUAGACCGGAUCCUGAGGGCGAUGGGAAAGGCUUACCACCCUCGCUGCUUCACAUGUGUGGUUUGCGGCUGUUGCCUGGAUGGAGUGCCUUUUACUGUGGAUGCCACCUCCCAAAUCCACUGUAUUGAUGACUUCCACAGGAAGUUUGCCCCACGCUGCUCAGUAUGUAGCCAGCCCAUAAUGCCAGAGCCGGGGCAGGAGGAAACUGUGCGAAUCGUCGCACUUGAUCGCAGUUUUCAUGUUAACUGCUAUGUGUGUGAGGAGUGUGGCCUUCUCCUUUCCUCAGAAGGUGAGGGAAGAGGCUGCUAUCCACUGGACGGCCACAUUUUGUGCAAGAGCUGCAGUGCUCGUCGCAUCCAAGACCUCUCUGCUAAAAUCUCCACUGACUGCUAAUAUACCUGUGCUAUCUCUUUGUAACCUUUCUCUGUAAUAGUUAUUCAUCAGAUAUAUAUAUGUACCACCAUCUAUAAAUUCACCAACUGGUAUUUUUUUCUUUUGAAAAAUUAAACACUAUAUAUUACACAAAAACAUUAAGACCUCCCAUUCAGGGUAGCGAUGAGCUAAGAACAACUAAUAGCUCUUGUGAUAUUUGUUUCACUAGAAAGUUGGCUUUUUUAAAAGUAAAACAGGUGGUUAAUAAAAUGUAAUGUUAUAUUGAUUGUGUAUAAUCCUCUUUGUGUAUGCAUGUUUAUACAAAAUGUAUUCUGAACAGGGUUGAUAUGUGAACGGUACAUGUCUACCUUUUGAAAACAUUGUUAUAGCAUUUUAAUUUUGCUGCAUAAAAAACACCCAUGGUAAACAUAGAAAUAUGUCACAGUUUCAACAGUUUGGCACAGAUUUAUUCAUGCUGUAGAGAUCUUGUCUUGUUGGCAGUUGUCACUUUACAUUGUCUCCAUUUAGACCCCUAAUCUACUUUUUCUCUAUUUUCUCAAUCUUUUUAAAACGCAUACUUUGAGCUUUUUAAUGCUGAGCACAAAAGUGUUUGUGAUUAUUGAAAGAUUUUUUUCCAAUUGAUCACUGACAAUUAGGGAUGUAACGAUUCACUCAGCUCACGAUGCGAUUCACGAUUCUGAUCUCACGAUGCGAUUUAUUCACGAUUUAUUUUGAAAAAAUGAGUUGAAACAAAUUAGAAAUGAACAACUUCCCUUGCAUUAUUUCUUAAAUGCUUCACGUUUCUUUGUAUGAUAAAAUAAUGUUUUAUUUCAAAUAACAAAACUAAACUGCAAUUUUAUAACAAAUUAAUAAUAGAAAAAGUCUCUUUAAUAUAAACAAACUAAUACUGUCUGAGCUUUUCUUGGAUUUUUUUUGCAUUUAAGAAAUAUCAGCAUGUCCACGUUUAGGUUUGCAGUGAAAAUAGCGGCCCCUGCUGUUCAAAAAAUGUAUUGCGAUUCAGUUCAAGCCUCAACCGAUUUGAAUCGUCGCUCAUUAUAACCGUUUUUCAACCGGCUCACGGUGAAUCGUUACAUCCCUACUGACAAUUGUGGUAUCAUAUACAGGUUGAUGUAAAUUUGAAGCUGAAAUGGUGCCGUGUGCUUUGACAGCAGAGUUUGUACUUUUGAGGGGACUUAAUGUUGGUAGGAUCAAUAAAAUGGGUGGUUUAAAAUAAUUACAAUACUUUACAGCUGCUAGAUAAGUCUAAAUGUGAUUAUUAAAUCAAAUGUCUUAGUUUUGUUACUAAGUGUGUCCAUUAAUGACUAACAGGAUAAAUGUUAAGAGUAAGACGUUUACAAAAAGAAUGCGUUAUGUAUGUAUGUCUUUUUCCAGAUUCCACAGAUCUGAUGGUAUUUUUGUACAGAACAAUUGCAUAAAUGUAUUACUGGUCUUUUUCCCCAUAAAUACUCUGUCUUUAUUUGUCAUUUUUUUCUAUUUUUUCAACAUACAUCUGCUACUAAGGGUUUUUGUUUACCCCCCCAAAAAAUUUCUUAACAUUUUAACAGCCGUUGGUAACCAAACAAAAUUGGCUUCCAAUAACUUCCAUUGUAUGGACAAACCCUGUUAUUUUGUUUUGAAUCACAUGAGAGUGAAUAAAUUGACGGAAUUUUAAUUUUGUGACAUUAAACUAUUCCUUUAAUGUCACAAGGUUUAUGAUUGUUUAAAAACAACUUAUUUACAGACUUGUUUGCUCAAAUGACAUCUGGAAAUUGUAAGCACAAUAUGGUUCAGAGGACUGUUUUGUUUUUGGAUGCUGUGUUUUUUCCUAAAUAGUGUCUAAAUUAAUUUCCUGACAGAAACAAAUGGAUAAAAUCACUUUGCUAGAUUUAUAUAUUUUGUCAAAAUGCUACAGAGCAUCCAGCAAGUCUGAUGUUGUUAUGUAAUAUUCCACACACUAUGGAUUUUUUUGCCAAAUAGCAUCAUUUCCUGUUGAAUUCAUUGCUUUUUUUUAAUGAAAUCACAUUUUCUUGCUUGAAUGUAGAUUUUGGGGAAAAGAAAAAAGUAUUUUAUAAAUCCAUAUACUUUUCCAUUA